AUGGGCGUUCUCUUUGUCUUCUCCUUCUCUGCUGCCAUCCUUUUCCUUGGAAUGAACAGAGGUCACUGUGCAGAAAUUGUGAGAGGGCGAGAGUCGACUCCACAUUCAAGACCCUAUAUGGCAGCCAUAAUGAAAGGAAAAAUUCACUGGUGCGGAGGAACUUUGAUUCGACCAGACUGGGUGCUAACAGCAGCUCAUUGCAUGAUAAAUGUUGGAGACACAGUUAUCCUUGGCGCUCAUUCACUGACUAAAUAUGAGAACCAAAAGCAGGUGUUUCGAGUUGUCAGAGUGAUUAAUCACAAAUAUUAUAAUCCGGAAACAUACGUAAAUGACAUUGCACUUUUGAAGCUUAAUAGAAGAGCAUCGAUCACUAGAAGUGUGAACACCAUUCAGCUUCCCACAGGUUAUGGAGAUCUCAGAGCAGGCACACAAUGUCAAGUGGCCGGAUGGGGAAAAACGGAGACAAACAGGCCAUCUGCAGUGCUGCGGGAAAUGACUAUUACUAUUAUGGACAGACGCAUGUGCAAUAAUUAUUAUAAUGGUGAAAUAACAACUAACCAACUGUGUGCUGGUAUCUGGUACGGAGGAACCUGUAGUGGUGACUCUGGCGGCCCUUUGAUAUGUCAUGGAAUACAAAGAGGCAUCACUUCUUAUGGUUUAGACGAAUAUUGUGCUGGUCCCAGGCGCACAGCCCCAGAUGUCUAUAUUCAGCUCACAAAGAAUUAUAUCGACUGGAUUUACAGUUACAUACGGGGUGACUUCAGCUGA